UUUUUAGGAAUAUUUAUAUAAAAUAAUAAAAGAAAAUGUUUACCAACAUCUUGAGAAGAGCCUGCAACAGUGUUGGACAAAUGAUGAUAACACGAGAAGCUCAUGCUUUCAACCGGGACGUGCUGAAGACCAAGGUACGUUGUCAUUUCCCCAAACCCCGGGAAGUUAAACGUAUCAAUGUACAUGGUUGGGAUGUUCGCAUGGCCACGGAAGGAGGUAGAAGGACACUGAUGCGCCGCAUCCUGAAGGGACGUUAUGUGUUGGCUCACUAGAAUAGA